AUGGUAUAUUCCGUAAUUUAGGUCCAAAGACGUUACAUUUUUGUUAAUUUCAUCAGCCUCUUGCCCUCCCUCUUGGACGAUAAACUCGAUUCGCAGAAAAGGAUUGACAGACAAGCGUGUUGAAGAAGAAGAAGAAGAUAUCUCAACUGGUCGAGACUCGAGAUCUGUCGGCAAGCGCAAGUUUUAGUGUUAACCUUUACAGAAACCGCGAGAGGAGAUGGCAUCAGAGGAGGGGCAAGUUAUCGGCUGCCACACCGUCGACCAGUGGAAAGAACACUUCGACAAAGCCAGAGCCAGCGGCAAACUGACAGUGGUAGAUUUUACUGCUUCUUGGUGCGGGCCUUGCCGUUUUAUUGCUCCAAUUCUGGCAGAUACGGCAAAGAAGAUGCCACAUGUGAUAUUUCUCAAGGUGGACGUGGAUGAGCUUAAGUCUGUGUCUGAGGACUACAAGGUGGAGGCCAUGCCAACUUUUGUCUUCCUGAAAGAAGGAAACGAGGUCCAUAGGGUUGUGGGGGCCAAGAAAGAUGAACUGCUUAUUGCCAUAAACAAUCAUGCUUCUGCUUCUACCAUGACAGCCUGAGCUUUCAAAGAACAAAUAAUUCCCCCCGACUUGCUUCGUUUUUAUGUAAUAACAAAAACAAACGUGGUUUUCGUAGUCGGUUUCAAUGCUAUCUAGUUCUGUAGUUUGCAGCUUUGCCUCACUGUAUUAAGUCAUGCAAGCUUUUGUAUGGAUGGUUUGGAUUUGAGAUGCAAGCAUGUCUGCUUUGCUUUCAUCUUAAUGGCAUUAGAGAAUUGGGUAUUUUGUUCUAUGUGUUAUGCAGAAGUUUGCUUGCUGGAUCA